AUUGAACAUCAUAUUGACACCGGUGCAGCAAAAGCAAUUAAACAAAGAUAUUACAACCUAUCUCCAGCCAAAGAGCUUCAGUUAUACCUUAUACUGCAUCAUUAGACUGGGAGUACUAGAAGAAGCGCCCGCUUCCUCGUGUUCUUCUCCGUCAGUCCUUGUCGUAAAACCAGGCAAAUGCCUGCUGAUGUGUUGGAAGCCUUUCAAGAUGUGGAGAAACUCAGAGCUCCGGUACAACAAAAUAGGAUGCAAGGAACGUCUUCAUCAAAGGCUGCGACCUCGGAACAGAGGGUCAAAUGCUUUAACUGCCCUAGUCUUGGUCAUCUGGCUAAGGACUGCCGCAAGCCAGUAUGGGCUGAUGGAGCUUGCUAUGCCUGUGGAGAAGUUCGACACGUGGCUGGAAAGUGUUCAUUGUACAAGAAGAGAGAACAUAGCAACGAAUAUGUAAGACAUUUUAAAGUCCAUAGAUUCGGGAAGUCCCGUUUCAUUUCUAAAGAAGUCCGUAGUUCCCUUAGCGUAAUCAUUGAAGAGAACAAGUUAAAUAAUACCUUUUUCGGAUUAAACGAAAGUUAACUUAAUGUAAUAGGAAAAACAGUUUGCUUAAUUAAAAGUUAAAAUAAAAACGUAUUAAUUGAAUUGCUGGUUGAAACUAAUGAAUCUGUAAGGUACUCAAAGGUAGUAGGACGUGAUGUUUAAAAUUUAAGUAAUUUUAAGCUUGUAGAAGUAAUUAACGAUGGUAACCAUGUAUCUGUUAACCGUCUGUUAACAUCAAUCUGAGCCAAGAAAUAUAAUUAUAGAAUAACAAUAGAUUCUAGUUUCGCCACCCGUACUAUUUUGUUAAAGAUUACCUUCAUUUUUUUUCUUAAACUUAAUUGUAAACGUAAAUU